AUGGAGGUGCCCACAAUGCGAUCACUGGGCGACGGCGACGACGACGAGUACGACUGGGAGGGGGAGAAGCGGCGCCGGGAGCGCAAAGAACGGCGCGAAUGGGCGCGGCUGGUGAGCUCCGCGGAGCAAAUGGAGGCCUCGCGGCGGGUGAAGGCGCAGAAGUGGUCGCGCAAGCUGCGCUCGAAGCUGGAGUAUCAGCGGUCUAUGCGCGGCAAGGUCGACGUGUCAGAAAUCGAGGAUCUCGAUGUUUUCGACAUGCCCGCGCAUACCGGAGACGUCGACAUGGGAGCGCCGCCUCCCACGCCGCAGCCGCCGCCGGAUCUUGAUCGCGCGGGGCGCGCGUGCAAGACGAAGAUCGUGUGUACAUUAGGGCCGAUGUCUCGCAGCGUGGACGUGAUCGAACGGCUGUUACGCGCCGGCAUGAACGUGGCGCGAUUCAACUUCUCCCACGGAUCGCACGAUUAUCAUCAGGAGACGCUGGAUAAUUUACGCGCCGCCAUGUCGAAUACUGGCAUUCUCUGCGCCGUACUGCUCGAUACCAAGGGGCCGGAGAUCCGCACGGGCAUGCUGAAGGACGGCAAGGCGGUGCAGCUGGAGAAGGGGCAGACGAUCACGGUGACGACGGAUUACAGCGUGCAGGGCGACGCGACCAUGAUCGCCAUGAGCUACAAGAGCCUCGCCAAGCACGUGCGACCCGGCGGACAAAUUCUCUGCGCGGAUGGGAGUAUCACGCUCAACGUGCUCGCGUGCGACCCGGACGCAGGCACGGUGACAUGCCGGUGUGAGAACACAGCCACACUAGGCGAGCGCAAGAACGUGAACCUGCCGGGGGUGAUAGUGGACCUACCAACGGUCACAGACAAGGACGAGGCGGACAUCAUGGGGUGGGGCGUGCCCAACGGCAUUGACUUCAUCGCUGCUUCCUUUGUGCGCAAGGGCUCUGAUCUGCGCAUCAUUCGCAAGAUGCUGGGGCGCAAGCUCAGCGAGCGCACCAAGAUCAUCUCCAAGGUGGAGAACCAGGAGGGGUUGGUCAACUUUGAUGACAUUCUGAGGGAGUCGGAUGGCAUUAUGGUGGCUCGAGGCGACCUGGGCAUGGAGAUCCCCAUUGAGAAGAUCUUCCUGGCUCAGAAAAUGAUGAUCCACAAGUGCAACGAUGCAGGCAAGCCUGUGAUCACAGCCACACAGAUGCUAGAAUCCAUGGUCAAGUCCCCGCGCCCCACCAGGGCAGAGUGCACAGACGUGGCCAAUGCUGUCAUCGAUGGCACGGAUGCAGUCAUGCUGUCGGGGGAAACAGCCGCUGGAAAGUACCCUGUGGAGGCGGUUUCUGUGAUGGCUGCCAUUUGCCGCACAGCAGAGGCUGGGCUGGAUUACGAGUCGUCUUUUAAGACGGUGAUGGCUGCUGCGCGCCUGCCGCUCAGCCCUGUGGAGAGCCUGGCGUCCUCUGCUGUGCGCACUGCCAACAGCGUGGCUGCGAAGCUGAUAGUGGUGUUGACACGCAGUGGCAGCACAGCAGGGCUUGUGGCCAAGUACCGACCAUACAUGCCUAUCCUGUCCGUGGCUGUGCCGGUGCUCGAACCCACCGACUCGCUCGAGCUCUUUGUGGAGCCCAGUGAUGCUGCUCCUGCUCGCCAUGCGCUGCUGGUCCGCGGGCUUGUGCCGAUUUUGGCGGAGGGAGGGGCGCGAUCCACUGACUCUGAUACGGUCUUAGACAUCAUAUCGACCUCGUUGGACAGGGCUAAGAGCCGUGGACUUAUCACUUCUGGCGAUACCGCUGUAGUGGUGCAUCGCAUUGCAGGGUCCGCUGUUAUUAAGAUCAUGCAGAUUCCUUAG